AUGGCCUCCACUCUUCGAUGCAGCUCUAAGCUGCGCAUGGCGACCCGUGUCCCUGCUGCUCGUGCUCUCUCGACCACUGCUCGCCUUCGCGCAGCCGAGAAGCCUUUCUUCCCCAACGAGCCUACUGCCCCCUCCAUCUCGACCGCUAUUCCUGGCCCCAAGAACAAGGCGGCUGCCGCGGAGCUCGAUGAGGUCUUUGAUGUGCGCAGCUUGAACAUGCUGACUGACUACUCUCAAUCCGUUGGUAACUACAUUGCCGAUCUCGAUGGCAACAAGCUGCUUGAUGUCUAUGCCCAGAUUGCCUCCAUCCCUGUUGGAUACAACAAUCCCAGCCUGCUGGAGGCUACCAAGUCACCGGAGAUGACCAACGCGCUCAUUAACCGUCCUGCCCUUGGUAACUUCCCCUCGGCUGACUGGUCCCACAUCCUGAAGACUGGUAUCCUGCGUGCUGCUCCCAAGGGUCUGAACCAGGUUUUCACUGCUAUGGCUGGUUCCGAUGCCAACGAGACUGCAUACAAGGCUGCUUUCAUGUACUACCGUCAGUUGCAGCGCGGUGGUCCCGAGGUUGAGUUCACCGAGGAGGAGCUCCUGUCCACCAUGAACAACCAGGGUCCUGGAUCUCCCCAGCUCUCUAUCCUGUCCUUCAAGUCUGCCUUCCACGGUCGUCUCUUCGGAUCUCUGUCCACCACUCGCAGCAAGCCCAUCCACAAGCUGGAUAUCCCCGCUUUCGACUGGCCCCAGGCUUCUUUCCCUCAGCUGAAAUACCCUCUUGAGGACCAUGUCCAGGAGAACGCCCUGGAGGAGCAGCGCUGCCUGCAGGAGGUUGAGCGUCUGAUCAAGGAGUUCCACCAUCCCGUCGCUGCUGUUAUGGUUGAGCCCAUCCAGUCCGAGGGUGGUGACAACCACGCCUCCCCCGCCUUCUUCCGUGGUCUCCGCGAGAUCACCAAGCGUACCAACGUCCUCUUCAUCGUCGACGAGGUGCAGACUGGUGUUGGUGCCACUGGUAAGUUCUGGGCUCACGACCACUGGAACUUGGAGACUCCUCCCGAUAUGGUCACCUUCUCCAAGAAGGCCCAGACCGCUGGUUACUACUUCGGUAACCCUGCCCUGCGCCCCAACAAGCCUUACCGCCAGUUCAACACCUGGAUGGGUGACCCAGCCCGUGCUCUGAUCUUCCGUGCUAUCAUCGAUGAAGUUGAGCGUCUUGGACUUGUCGAGCACACCCGUGUUACUGGUGACUACCUGUUCGCUGGCCUCGAGCGCCUCGCCCAGAAGUACCCCGAGCACUUCCAGAACCUGCGUGGUAAGGGUCAGGGUACCUUCAUUGCUUGGGACACCCCCAAGCGUGAUGAGGUCCUCGCUAAGGCCAAGACCAUUGGUAUUAACAUUGGUGGCAGUGGUGCCCAGGCUGUCCGCCUGCGUCCCAUGCUGGUCUUCCAGAAGCACCACGCUGAUAUCCUCCUGGAGAGCCUCGAGAAGCUUGUCAAGCUUGUCUAA